GCUCUCUCGGUUCUCCCGGGGCCAAGGGGUGCCCCCCACCCCUGUUUUCCGCGGACCCUCUCGGCCGCCCCGACCCCCCUACCAUGGCAGCUCUGCCCGGGACGGUGCCUCGAAUGAUGCGCCCAGCUCCGGGGCAAAACUACCCUCGCACCGGCUUCCCUUUGGAAGUUUCCACCCCGCUGGGCCAGGGAAGGGUGAACCAGCUCGGAGGGGUUUUCAUCAACGGGCGCCCACUGCCCAACCAUAUUCGGCAUAAAAUCGUGGAGAUGGCUCACCACGGGAUCCGACCCUGCGUGAUCUCCCGACAGCUGAGGGUCUCCCACGGUUGUGUCUCCAAAAUCCUCUGUAGGUACCAGGAGACAGGCUCCAUCCGGCCCGGAGCCAUCGGAGGCAGCAAGCCCAGGCAGGUCGCGACUCCCGACGUGGAGAAGAAAAUCGAGGAAUACAAACGGGAAAAUCCCGGGAUGUUUAGUUGGGAGAUCCGAGACAGACUCCUGAAGGAUGGGCACUGCGACCGGAGCACUGUGCCCUCAGUGAGUUCGAUUAGCCGUGUGCUACGCAUCAAAUUCGGGAAGAAAGAGGAAGAGGAGGACUGUGACAAGAAGGAGGAAGAUGGGGAGAAAAAGGCCAAGCACAGCAUAGACGGCAUCCUGGGCGACAAAGGUAAACGCGGCCCCGCGCUGGGCUGGAGGGAUGUUUGGGAGAGAGAGAGCACAUCCCUCCAUUCCAAAAGGAAAACGGGAUGGCUCCAGAGCCUCCUGCGUUCGUUCUUCCCCAAAAUGAGUGAUGGCUGA